AUGACGGCCCUCCAGCUUCUAGCCGCCCUCCUGCUGGUUCUGCUGACAACCACCCUCUUCCACCUCUAUCGCCUUGCCUACCGCCGCCGUCCCUACCCUGGUAUCCCGUACAACCCGUCCUCGACGCGCCGGCUCUUGGGCGACAUCCCCGAACUGACAGCCGCCGCCCAGGCUGAAGGCGACCCCUCGCGCAUGACCCGGCCCCAAUUCGCCCACCUCGGCGCCCCCGUCAUCCAGCUCUUCCUAGCCCCCUUCUGGCGGCCCAUGGUAUACGUGAACGACACCCAGGAGGUGGAAGACCUGCUGCAGAACCGCACCCGCGAGUUCGACAAGAGCCGCGCCACCAUCGCCCCUUUCCGGCCUCUCGUCCCUGGCGCCAGCAUCUGCAAGGUCAAGGGCCUCGUCUGGCGCGCUCAGGUCCGCCUGUGGACGGACGUCAUCUCUGUCGGCUAUCUGCGCGACGUUGCCGCCCCCGUUAUGCACCGCGCCGCUUCCGAUUUGGUUACCCUCUUCGCCGCCAAGACCACCGCAGCCCGAGGCAGGCCUUUCUGGGUUGCCGAAGACUUCAAGAUUGCCACCUUCGAAGUCAUCUGGAAGGCCAUGCUUGGCUCCGACCUGCGCAUGGUCGAAGCCGAGACCGAGGCCGUGCUCGCCGCCGUCGGCAGUCUGCCGCCACCCACCGAAGGUCCUGACGAGAGGGACGAGCCGUUGAGCAUGCCCACCGCGCCUCGCAGCGACGAGUGGGAGGCCGCCGUGUACUUCCUCUCGCUGAUCCCAUCGACGCUCAUGAGCCCCGUUCCAGGCCUGCUGCACUUCUAUUACUCGCUGACGCCGACCUGGAGGCGCCACUGGGCCACCAAGACGAGGUUGAUGAGGGAGCUGAUCGAGAGCUCCAAGGCGAGGUUUGCAGAUCUCGGAGAAAGGAAGAACGAUGAGUCCAUUGCAGAGAAGAGGGAUGUGUGUGCUCUCGACAGGGCGCUGAGGAGAUUUGCCAAGGUUUCGCCCGCCGAUAUCUACCGUCCUACCACGGACGACAUGUACGAUGAGCUCUUCCUGCUCCUGAUGUCGGGCCACGAGACAACAGCCACCCUCCUGGCCUGGAUGGCCAAGAUACUCACCCAGAACCAGGUCGAGCAGACCAAGCUGCGUGCCGCUCUGCGCGCUCACUUUCUCGCAACCCCAAAGACCCCGGACGUCCAAGCCAUCCUGACUGCCGAGAUUCCCUACCUGGAUGCUUCGGUUGAAGAGCUCGUGCGUGUAGGCAACAUCAUUCCCGAGGUGGUGCGCGAGACAUCAUGCGACACCGAGCUGUUGGGCCGCCGCAUUCCCAAGGGCGCCACCGUCGUCUGCAGCACCUACGUCGCCCAUGAGCCUUUUGGCGACGACGUCGUGCCCGAGUCCGCCCGCAGCGAGAACAGCAGGGCUAACAAGGGCGGCUACCGCACCGUCUGGGAGGCCGACAUGGCCGAUUACCACCCGGAGAGAUGGAUACGAGACGACGGCACUUUUGAUGCCAAGGCCGUGCCGAAGCUGGCCUUCUCUGCGGGGCCGCGAGGCUGCUUUGGUCGGAAAUUCGCCUCCCAGCAGUUCCGGAUCAUGCUCGUCAUCCUGACGCUCAAUUUUGAGUUUUUGCCCCUCCCUCAAGCCCUCGACAGCAAUGACGCCUUCUCGAAGCUCACCCGGAGUCCAUGUCAGUGCUAUGCCCGCAUGAAACAGAUCUAG